AUGCCUGUAGUCGUUGCAUUUGAGAAUCCUGAAAUCUUUUAUGAUGAUGGCUCCCCGGUCCACCAGGUCCUUGAGAGCAAUGGCUUUCCGCCAGGGUCAUACCCGAUAGUUCGUGACAUGCCUCCAAUGAUAUUGCUUCCACAAUUGGACGAUGAUGCUAUUGGUGAACUUAGAGGAUUGGAAGGAGUUAAUGUCGACGUCCAAGCCGAUGAUUAG